AUGGAUCGCGGUCGUAAUGUCGACGGCCCUCCAACCCAUUUCCGCUGGCGAGGCAUCCGUUUGCGCUUCCCUUCACAGACUCUUGCCAACGGAUCUCUCAUCGAGGCUCCUCGCAGCAAUCCGGUCGCCGCAUUGCGGACACAGCGUCAUUCGGCUGGUAUAGCUUCAGACUCGACAUCUGAAUCUCCUACUCAAGCCUCACGUCUCGAACGACUUGAAGCCCCAGGCAUCUUCAACGGCACCCUCAGAACUCCUCUACUCGAUCCUAAUGGUCUACCAGAAUACCCUCUAUCAUCACCAGCGUCUUCGCAGAACACGCCAGGUCAUCAUCAAGAUCUCUCCACGGACAGCCGCAACCCACUUGCUCGCCCGAUCUCUCUAUUCGACACCUACCAAGCUUCCGCUCUGCGUUAUCAGGAGACUGGCUCGACGAGCAGACCAAGUGAUCGCGUGAGACCAGCUCUCGGUCCCUUCGUUGGCCUCCGCCCUGGAGCUAUCGACCGAGACAUCUCUAUCCCUGAGUACAGCACAGAUCCAUCCAAUCUGGAGACUCCUCGACAGUUUGGCGACUAUGCUUUGCAGGGCAACGACGCAGAGGGCAGCGCUCAGCAUGCUCAGCCAGGAGGUCGCCUCACCCACCUCCACAUGGACUCGGAUCCAAACAUCAGCCAUCGUCCAAAGGCGCUUGCACAUCUCAUUGCUGACGCUGACCGCGAGCGUACCCUCGUCGAGCUGACCGCCGCAGAGCAGCAACAGCUCCGCCACGACCUAGGACCGGACUAUCCAUCACCAGAGGACCUCGAAAACACAGAGCAUGCAAACGCCAUGCUACGCACCCUAGGCCGACUCCGCGCUCUUUCCCGCUUCGCACACGACACCCGCGAUCGCCUCACAAACGAUACCGCCCUACAGCAGAGAGUCUCGGAUCUAUUCGCGAACAUCAUGGGUGAAGCUCCUCGGCGUCGUCGGCCUCGACCUCGCAUCAUCACGCUCCCAACUUGUCAGGCUGAAGAGGGCAGCGAACAGUGUGCGAUCUGCUGGGAGCCAACGGAGGGUAUGGAGGUUUCGGACACGGCUUGCGGACACUCGUUUCAUACGGAGUGCAUGAAUGAGUGGCGGGAGGACAACGCGAACCCAACGUGUCCGAUGUGUCGAGGUGCUCUGGGUUGA